AUGGCGCCCGCAUCCUCUGCUGCUACAGGCGGUGCUGCGGGCGGUGCUGCGGGCGGUCCUGCUGCUAAUACUGGUGACAUGAUUAUGCUUGCGCAGGCAGAACGCACCUCAAAGACACCCACGCCAGCACCAGCACCAGCACCAGUAUCGUCACCAACAACAACAGCAGUUCCUAUACCAAACAUUACCACCACCUCCACCAAUGGCUCUCAAAUCAGCUGUACGAAUCCCUCCGCCGCAUAUACGAAUGUUGCUCCUCCUAUUGACGACGUCCACAACGCUGCCUUGAACUCAGCAAGUUCUCCCACGAUGAAUCCCGCCGUCAGCUCUUCGGAGGCCCAGGCCGGCACUGCUCAGCUGGCCCUGGACCCCAUCUCAAGGCAAAUUCUGGAGCGCACACAGUCGCAAAGCCGGCCACAGCAAAUCUCCCAGAGCGGUGUGUCUUCCAAGGCUCUCCAUGUGGAACCCGGUCCUGCCGAAGAGCAGCACUUGGCCAGGACGGGUUCCGAUCCGACAGCCCUGCGAAGAGUUGACAGCGCUGCUAGUGGCAAACUGAGCAAGGACAAGAAGUGA